CACGUCUCCAUCUCUCCCACACGGAUUGUGUAACUCGCACGCCAGUUGGCUGCUGCCUUCGCUGCCCUCCGUUACAUCUCCCGCUGUUUGCUGAACUGGAUCUUGGGAUGGAUGCCCUGCAAAGGCAAAAUCCAAAAAGGGCAAGCCAGUCUAGCAGGGGUUGUUGACAGGGCAGCCGACUCAUGCAAGUACAGCAAUGACAACGGUUUACUUUACGGUCGGGAGACUGCGCCUCAUUUCGUCUGACUUUUUUUUUCUCUCGCAGAAUUCUCACUGUCUGUACAGCAUUUCCCCCAGAAAAGACGCACUCACAGCCACUACUUUUCCACCACGGACGCUAGCGGCCGCUACUGUGGGAAACGGAAUGACCGCGCUCCAUUUGGCGCCGCUCUUUCUCUCGUAUCUACACAGUGACGCCAUUACCGCAUGUUGCUAUUCCUCAUUGAGACCUCCGCGCUGUCUCCCGUUGAAAUGGCGGCCUUGUUAUGCAGUACAGGCAUUUCCACCAUCGGCAGGGUCAAUAAGUCAGUCAGCGACAAGACGGGAUAUCUGUCUUAACUCUAGGGGAAAUGAAGACAAGACGUCUGCCAGAACUGUGGGUUCUUGGGGUCUCGCCGACAUGCGACUCGGUCGAUCUGGUUCAGAUCUUAGACAAGAGGAGAGACAGAGUCAAAAUGGAAACAUGACCGUCCACACCGUCAUCAACCGCGGCUGCUAUACAUGGCCGCGGCUUUUCUUUGGGAUGUGGCAGAGAUCCCAGACGCGCUCAUUCCGUGACAUCGCGGCAAUUUCAUACCAAACUUGGGGAGAGACGCUGCGUGGGACCGUGGGAUGGGGUCCCGUCUGCCAGCCUGAGAGGGCUGAGUCGUAUGACAGGCAUCUGGUCACUCUACCAAUCAACCCGAGGCCAAAGACAGUGGUGGGUGACCGAACCCCAGCUCGGCCGAUACCCUUCGAAGGAGUGCCUUGCAUUUUUCGAGCAACCUCCAUGUCCCUCCGUGUCCAAUACCCUUGAAUACCCAUGUACAUAGACACAGCUGACAGGGGAAGCGAGGCCUCUAAGAAGAACAGCCUCCUUGAAGAGCUGUCAUCCUCCUCCCUUUUACUGCCACUUGCUCGCACCUUACGUCUGCCUCCUCUCAAUAUAGCAAUGUCUCCAACAAGCGGCAGCGGCAACAGCACCAGUAUCUUUGUCUCUUCUCUUCGUUCAGUUCCAUUGCAUAUCGACUCCGCUUAGAACCAACUGCUCUUCUGCAUCUCACCUCGACCCCCAGCCUGUUGUUGGACAAGCUGACAUUCCAAGAACCGCCCCCCUACCGCACCUAGGUCUUUG